AGCGUCAUCUCUCCGCGCCGCUGUUGCCACCCUCAGGUGGAUGGGUCGGAUGGUCCGGGAGGUUGAGGGAGGUGGAGGGUCCUCUCCGUAACUUCAUUCCCUUGGGAUCUAGACCAGAGGGUGACCGCGGCGGGUGCUAUGGUGGCUUGAGGCCGGGUGCAGCAUGUCUAGACCAGGGGUCCUGGGCGGCGCUCGCUCCGGGCUUGGACUGGUGCUCGGGGCCGCCGCAGGCCUUGGGCUCCUCUGCGCCUUCUACAUCCACCGGAGGAAACGGACCCAGGGCCAUGGCGGGAACUGGAACACGUCCAACUCCCUGGGCUACACCCGCACCCCGGAGCCUCACCGCCAGGUGAUGCUCUUGCGGGCAGCACCAGGGGAGGCUGGAGAUGCUAUGUCUAUUCCCAGCAUGCCAAGGGAGAAGCAAGAGGAGGUGCUGGAUCGCCUGGACUUUGUGUUGAGCAGCCUUACUGAACUUCGGCAUGAGGUGGAAGAACUGAGAAAUAGUCUUCGGGGUCUUGCUGGAGAGAUUGUGGGGGAGGUCAAGUCUCAAAUGGAAGAAAACCAAAGAGUGACUCGGAGGAGAAGGUUUCCAUUCAACAGGGAAAGAAGUGAUUCCACUGCAUCCAGCUCCAUCUACUUCACUGCAAACUCUGGAACAGCUCUUACAGAAGGAGAGAGCGAGGGAGGGUACACGACAGCCAAUGCAGAGUCGGAUUAUGACUGGGAGACAGAAAAGGAAAGUGAGGAGGAGGAGGACGAAGUGAGCUGUGAGACGGUGAAGACAGGACGGCGGGACUCUGAGGAUGAGGAUUCCCCACAGCUGCCAGUGGACUCUGCGGGUGGAGAGGAUCUAGUUCUGCUGCUGCGGCAGGCCGAUGAGCUGCACCAGGGCAACAAGCAGAGCAAGCAGGAGGGCUUCCAGCGGCUCCUCAACAACAAGCUGGUGUAUGGAAAUCGGCAAGACUUUCUGUGGCGCCUGGCCCGGGCCUACAGCGACAUGUGUGAUCUCUCCGAGGGGACAAAUGAGAAAAAGUCGUACGCCCAGAGUGGAAAAGAAGAAGCAGAGGCCGCCCUGGAGAAAGGGGACGACAGCGCCGAGUCUCACCAGUGGUAUGCUGUGCUGUGUGGCCAGCUGGCUGAGCAUGAAGGCAUUCAGAGGCGUAUCCAAAGUGGCUAUAUCUUCAAGGAUCAUGUGGACAGAGCUAUUGCCCUCCAGCCAGACAAUCCCAAGUCUCACUUCCUCCUUGGGAGGUGGUGCUACCAGGUAUCUCAUCUGACCUGGCUAGAGAAAAAGACUGCUGGAGCCCUGUUUGAGAGCCCUCCCAGUGCUACGGUCCAUGAUGCUCUCCAGAGCUUUCUGAAGGCAGAAGAACUGAGUCCUGGGUUUUCCAAAGCUGGAAGGGUCUACAUCUCCAAGUGCUACAGGGAGCUCGGGAAUAAUCCUGAAGCCGGCCAGUGGAUGAAGUUGGCCCUGGAGCUGCCUGAUGUCACCAAUGAGGUAGCUACCCAGCUUUCCUUUUUCCGCUGUCUCACAACUGUGCGUUCUAGGCCCUUCAUCCAAGGCCCCUAACGUCUCCUGGGCUUCUUCUGCUCAGGCUGGGCCUGGGAAACCAUCCUGAGCUCCCAGGAACGCAGAUGUCGGGUUUAGUCUGCUCCUCGGGUGAAACUCGGCUUCCGACCUGAACACCAUUUUUGUGAGACCUUGAAUAAAUCUGUUCCUUUCCCCAGGAAGUCCAGUAGCUGCCUCCUUGGUCGUCACCUGCGUACGGGGAAGAUAACCAUCUAACAGUGUUCUUCGUCCUCAGGCCAAGCGCUGAGAUCCCUUUGGCGGGCUGAGAGCAUGGUGUGGGAGAGGUGGGGAUGGGAUGAGCCCACAGUCUGUCUCAUUCUUUUCCUCUCCACUUUGACCCUUUUUUUCCUCCCUCCCAUUCCACCCUUUAGGACGUUGCCUGCCACAAGGACCUGGAGGAGCUGAGAGUAGCAUUGGGAGAAUAAGCACAUUUCUUGGCAUUCAUCUGCAGAAGGGUGACACCACGUAGCGUAGCAGGGGAGAGUCCCCUCUUGUGCCUCCUGCUUGGAGUGGAGGCCGAGCAACAUUGAGGCUGGGAGAGGAGCUGGCUGCCCCGAGUCCUGUUCAGAGCUGCCACCUCACCAUGUCCGUUUGCCUACUGCCCUGCCGUGGUUCAUUUACCCCAGUCUUCUCUCCGUACCCUGAAACCAAAUGGAAAGGCGCGAUGAUUUUUCAUCAGGUCGAGGCUUCAGAUUCUGUGUUAUUUUUUAAACUACGAAUUAUGUGGCUGAGGUUGUGGGGGCAGAAGGAAUUACCUGGGACUGAGCACAGGCCUAGUCAGGGCAGUGGCACUGGAAAACCAGUUGCUAGCCAGGGCAGUGGGAAGAUGAUGGCGCUACUUUUUAGUUGAUGGAGAGAUAAAUGCACUUUAUAAAGCCUUGGGAACAAAGUACAGAACUCUUUUCAUUGACCAAUCCCAACAUCAUUGUAAAUACCCCUAGGAUCCCGCCCUGUUUGGUCAGGGUGAAGAGGAAGGGGUAUGAGAAAACGAGACAUUUCCCUCAUCUCACCCCUCAUGUGGGCUCAGGCUCUGGGCAGGAUCUGGCUUCCUCCCUCUGCUUGGGCCUUGGCACUGUUUCAAAAAGGAGGCAGUGUCAUGGAUAGGGUACUAAUAAAGCUAAUGGUGUGGAUGGCUGCCUGGCCUGUAUUGUGGUACAAAAUUGAAAUAAAUCAGCUUGAGUGGCAGUGAGAUCUA